GGGACUGGGGCGGGACUUCCGGCGUCGCCGGAAGUGUAUUAGCGCCAGGUCGGAGUUGUGGGGUCGCGUCAGUGCGGAGACAGCGGUGUCCUGCGCGUCGUCGGGUCAGUACUGGGGGCCGCGUCGUAGGGACUCACUGGCGGUGCGCGACCCGGGCUGGCUCCGGGGGUGGCGGGCGCAGCUGCUGUGACAGCUUAUUGCAGGAGUGACCAGGACACUACCUCCUAGAAGUAAUGCCCACAGAAAGCGCAAGUUGUUCGACUGCUCGCCAAACAAAACAGAAGCGCAAAUCCCAUAGCCUUUCUAUACGAAGAACUAACAGCUCGGAGCAGGAGAGGACGGGACUGCCAAGAGACAUGUUAGAAGGACAAGAUUCUAAACUGCCUUCCUCGGUUCGCAGUACACUUCUGGAACUGUUUGGUCAAAUAGAAAGAGAGUUUGAAAACCUUUAUAUUGAAAACUUAGAAUUGCGUAGAGAAAUCGACACCCUUAAUGAACGUUUAGCUGCUGAAGGACAAGCGAUUGACGGAGCAGAGCUGAGUAAGGGCCAACUCAAAGCAAAAGCCAGUCACAGCACCAGCCAGCUCUCCCAGAAACUGAAGACCACUUACAAGGCUUCCACCAGCAAGAUUGUCUCCAGCUUUAAGACCACGACAUCGCGAGCUGCCUGCCAGCUCGUGAAGGAGUACAUCGGCCACCGGGACGGCAUCUGGGAUGUCAGCGUGGCCAAGACGCAGCCAGUGGUGCUUGGGACUGCAUCGGCCGAUCACACGGCUUUGCUGUGGAGCAUAGAGACAGGGAAGUGCCUAGUCAAGUACGCAGGCCACGUGGGCUCAGUAAAUUCUAUCAAAUUUCAUCCCUCAGAGCAGUUGGCUCUCACUGCUUCUGGAGAUCAGACUGCUCAUAUCUGGAGAUACGCGGUGCAGCUGCCGACACCCCAGCCUGUUGCUGACACUAGUCAGAUAUCUGGGGAAGAUGAAGUAGAGUGCUCUGACAAGGACGAGCCCGACCUCGAUGGGGACGUGUCCAGUGACUGCCCCACCAUCCGCGUGCCACUGACAUCCCUCAAGAGCCACCAGGGCGUGGUCAUCGCCGCCGACUGGCUGGUUGGGGGGAAGCAGGCCGUGACUGCCUCCUGGGACCGGACGGCAAACCUGUAUGACGUGGAGACGUCCGAGCUCGUUCACUCUCUGACAGGGCACGACCAGGAGUUGACGCACUGCUGCACACACCCCACCCAGCGGCUCGUGGUGACCUCCUCCCGCGACACGACUUUCCGUCUCUGGGAUUUCAGGGACCCCUCCAUCCACUCGGUGAAUGUUUUCCAGGGACACACGGAGCCUCUGACUCCCUGAGUGAGACACAACACUAUUGAAAUUAGGCCAAUUAACAUCCCUACAGCAGCCUCUCAGUGUUGAAAUGAAGAGUUGCGUGUCUCUCACUUGAAAGCUGGAAAUGACGAAGCUUAGUGAGGAAGAUGUGUCGAAGGCAGAGGGGCUGAAAGCUGAGCGUCCUGCACCGGACAGCCAGGUUCUGAAUGCAAAGGAAAAUUUCCGGAAGGAAAGUAAAACUGCUACUCCAGUGGACACACGAAUGAUAAGAACACGAUCCUAAUGCUGAUAUGAAGGAAGUUUGAGUGGUCUGGAUUGAUUAAACCAGCCACAUUCCCUUUAGCCAAAGCCUUAUCCAGAGCAGGGCCCUGACUCUUCAAUUCUGUGAGGGCUUAGAGAGGUGAGGGAGCUGUGGAAGAAAAGCUGGAAGCUGGCAGAGGUUGGUUUAUGAGGUUUAAGGAAGGAAGCCGUCUCCAUAACAUGAGAGUGCAAGGUGAAGCAGCAAGUGCUGAUGGAGAAGCUGCACCAAGUUCUCUGGAAGAUCCAGCUGAGAUCAUUGAUGAAGAUGACUGUGUUUAAUAACAGAUUUUCAGUGUAGACAAAGCAGCCUUCUGUUAAAGAAGGUGCCAUCUAGAACUUUCCUAGCUAGAGAAGUCACUGCCUGGCUUCAAAGGACAGACGAUGCUUUUGUGAGGGACUAGUACAGCUGGUGACUUAGAGUUGAAGCCAGUGCUCAUUUGCCAUUCUGAAAAUCCUAGGGCCCUUAAGAAUUAUGUGAAACCUACUCUGCCUGUGCUCUAUAAAUGGAUCACCAAAGGCUGGAUGAGAGCACAUCUGUUUACACCAUGGUUUACUGAAUAUUUUAAGCCUAUUGUUGAGGCCUACUGCUCAGGAAAAAAGUUUUUUUUUUUUUUUUUUUUUUUCAAAAUUGUCCUGCUUAUUGACAGUGCACCUAAGGGCUCUGAUGGAGAGGUACAAGGAGAUGAAUGGUGUUUUCAUGCCUGGUAACACAACCCCCAUUCUGCAGCCCAUGGUUCAAGGAGUCAUUUUGACUUUUGAGUCUUAUUACUUAAAAAAUACACUUCGUAAGGCUAUAGCUGCCAUAGAUAGUGAUUCCUCUGAUGGACCGUGGCAACGUCAAUUGGGCACCUUCGGGAAAGGAUUUGUCUUUCUGGUUGCCAUUCAGAACACUUGUGAUUCAUGGGAGAAGGUCAAAAUGUCACAGGAAUUUGAGAGAUGUUGAGGGGUUCAAGGCUUCAGGGGAGAAAGUCACUGCAGGUGUGGUGGAAACAGGAAGAUAACUAGGAUUAGAAGUGGAUCCUGAAGAUGGGACUGAAUUGCUACAAUCUCAUGAUAAACUUGAAUGGACGAGGAACUGCUUCUUAUGGAUGAGCAAAGAAAGUGGUUUCUUGAGUGGGAAUGUACUCUUGGUGAAGAUGCUGUGAGCAUUGUUUAAAUGACAGCAAAGGAUUUUGAAUAUUCCAUAAACUUCAGUAGUAAAGCGGUGGUAGGGUUUGAGAGGACUGACUCCAGUUUUGAAGUUCAAUUGUGGGUAAAAUGCCUUUUUAUUUUAUUUUAUUUUUUUUGAGAUGGGAGUCUCGCCCUGUUGCCUAGGCUAUAGUGCAGUGGUACUAUCUUGGCUCACUGCAACCUCCGCCUCCCAGGUUCAAAUGAUUUUUCUGCCUCAGCCUCCCGAGUAGCUGGGAUUACAGGCACCUGCCACCACGCUUGGCUAAUUUUUACAUUUUUAGUAGAGACAGGGUUUCACCACGUUGGCCAAGCUGGUCUCAAACUGCUAACCUCAAAUGAUCCACCUGCCUUGGUCUCCCAAAGUGCUGGGUUUACAGGCGUGAGCCACCAUGACCGGCCCCAGUAAAAUGCUUUUAAACAGCAUCACAUGUGGUAGAGAAAUCUUUUGUAAAAGGAGGAGUCAAUUGCUACAGCAGACUUCAUUGCUGUCCUAUUUUAAGAAAUUGUCCCAGCCUUCAGCAGCCACCACCCUGAUCAGUCAGCAGCCGUCAGCAUCGAGGGAGGACCCUCCACCAGCAAAAAGAUUAUGACUCACCAAAGGCUCAGAUGACUGUUAGUGUUUUUUAGUGGCAAAAUUUGUCUUACUUAAGAAAUGCACAUUGCGUUUUUAGAGGUAAUGUGGGUGCUCACUUAACAGACUACAGGAUGGUGUGGCUAUAGCUUCUGUAUGCACCGGAAAACCAGACAGCUCUUGUGAUCCACGUUACCGCAAUCUUCACCUCACAGCGUGGUCUGGAACGAAUGGAACCCGCAGAAGCUCCAAGAUUGCCUGUGUUUGUCCUAACCCCCAGGAGCUGCAGCUGGAAGUCAGUGCUUUUCACCUGAACUAAGUUCUUUUCUGUUCAUGUGUUUUUCACCCAGCAGUGUAAUUCCAAAGCCUGGCCCUCUCCUGGCUGCUGCAUUCCCUUGCACACACCCAGGGGGGUGAACCCACACCAGGCCGUUCCAGCGUGGGCCCUCACUGUGCAGACCGUGGGUGAAUAGACGUGCCUGCAAGAGGCUUUUGCUGUCAUGACAUUUGCCUGUUUAGAUCUCAGCCUCAGCCCUCAGACCCCCCUCAGCACACCGCAAUCCUGUAGAGUUUUCCUCCCCUCCCCAUUUCCCUUUUUUGUUUUGUUUUGUUGUUGUUGUUGUUGUUGUUGUUAUUUUGGUUGCUAUAAAAAGGAGCUGACAGGCGAGGCAUCACUGGCCAUUAAGCCUCCUCUGUGGGUGGCAGGUGGCUCUGCCUUGUGCUGGGCUGGCAGUGUUUGCAAUGCGGAUAAACUUCAGCAUUGAAAAAAACAGGAGAUCAUCUCAACAUGGAUGCAAUAUUUGAGGAUGCAAAGUUUUUUGGUUUCUUCCUUUUUAAUUCUUUACAAACGAUUUUAACUUUAUUCCCAAAAUGUGGUCUUUGGUGCUUUCUUGUAAAGAAAACACAACAUACAUGUAACCAAACAAAAUUUUAAAAAAUCAGUUGAGAAAUUAUAAUGAUCACUUUGAAGUGAUGACAUGUUUGUGUGCUUUUAUUUCCAAACAUCUGGGAGAGAGAUUUGGCACUAAACAGUGAGUUCUAGAUCGUGUGCUCAGAAAGGUAAACACACUUUUGCACCUUGUGUCAUGGUGUUAACAGUUUUCUUUAUGCUUUUAAAGGGAAAAGUUUAGAAAGUGACAUUUUUAACUGGAUGAUGGGCAGUUUUUAUUGCAUCUGAACUUUGUGCUUGGUCACAGUCAGCAUGCAGGCGUCAGCUUGGGUGUGGGCCUCUGGGUGCUGUCCGGCCAGCCGGCCGCCUGGGAGGUGGGCGUUGGAAAGGCCGCAUGUGGUCUCUAAAUCAGUUUGCUUUCCAUUUUCAGAUCUGCUUUCUUUUUGGUGAUGGCUUUUGAGGCCUUGUCUGUGGGAAAGGUGGAGAGCCAGCCAUCUACCAGGUGGUGACUUUGUGGACAGCAGGGCCCUGUGGAAGGGCCUCUGGGGUGGAAGUGACAUGGAGAUGAGGACGGCCUGCAGGCUGCAGGGGCCUUGGAAGCACACCUGUGUCUCCUCUCAGUGUUACAUCGCAUACCCAUAUGCCUGAAAGCUUGGUGGUUGUCUUUUUAAUUAGAUUACAUUAGAGUACUUUAACAAAAUGUUGUAUGUAUUCAUGGAGUGUGAGUGCAGUUUUGCUACCUUGAUGUACUCCACUCAGGUGAGGCCAGGGCCUUCAGCAUACCCCUCGCUGGAGUGACACUCAUUGCACUCACCAGGCAACCUCCUGUCAUCCACCCUGCCCCGGUUCUCUGCUCUGUCCAUCAGUCCUGUAUCCACCCCACCCUGGGUCGUCUCUGCCCUGUCCAUCAGUCCUCCCGUCGUCCCCCCUGCCCUGGGUCAUAUCUGCCCUAUCCAUCAGUCCUCCCGUCACCCACCCCGCCCCGGGUCUCUGCCCUGUCAGUCGUCCCAUCACCCACCCCGCCCUGGGUCUCUGCCCUGUCUCUCAGUCCUCCCGUCACCCACCUCACCCUGGGUCUCCACCCUGUCUGUCAGUCCUCCGCUGUCCUGUGUGCACAUAGUUUUGCUCCCACUUGCCAGUGAGGACACCCGCUCUUUGUCUUUCAGUGUUUGUAUUGUUUCACUUAAGAGAAUGGCCCCCAGUUCUAUCCAUGUUGCUGCAUAAAUUAAUAAAGGUGAUUUUAUUUUUAGGAAGUAUAUAGAUUUAUAUAAAUACAACUCUUAAUAAUAACUGGCUGAUAUCCAAGGUUAUCAUAAAACCGAGGCUAGGGUCACUAAGGACUCCAUCUGUCGCCCGUGACAGCUUUUCGGAGCUUUGGUGGUUGACCUGAGUAUGGUGCAGAUUCCAGAGAACCGUAGUGGGCAGCCGUUGGCGGGAACAGGACCUCACUGCAGCACUUGUGUUCAGGGGUGGUCUUGGGUGUUUCUGUAUAUUAGUUAGUGAAUGCUUUGUCUUGUGACCACAGAAACUGCCAAGGAGACAUUAGCAGAUACAGUGUGCAGCUGGGCACACCUAGGCCCAGUGGUUCUUACUGUGCAAAGGAGAAUCCUUGUCUCUUACCAGCAGAGCAGCGCUGUCCGUGCCACCACCUGCAGAGCUGCUGUUCCAUCCUCCCCUCUCAGUGUCCUGUGGUAUGAACCUAACAGUAACUUCCUGAGCCAGUCCCUUGUUGAUGCAUGUUUUUAAAUUUUUAUUGGUUUAUUUUUUUUGAGACAGAGCCUCACCCUCUCACCUAAGCUGGACUGCAGUGGCAUGAUCAUGGCUCACUGCAAUCUCGACCUCCCGGGCUCAAGUGAUCCUCCCACCUCAGCCUCCUGAGUAGCAGGGACUACAGGGCUGUGCCACUACUGCCUGCUAAUGUUUGUAUUUUUUUGUAGAGAUGGAGUCUCACCAUGUUGCUUAGGCUGCUCUUGAAAUCUUGGUCUCAAGUGAUCCUCUUGCCUCAGCCUCCAAAGUGCUGGGAUUACAGGCAUGACUCAUUGAGCCUGGCUGCCUAUUGAUGCAUUUUAAAGUUGCUUCCAAGUUAGAAUAUUGUUUUUAAAAGUGAGAGGAGAUUUAGUGUAUCUCCGUUUUACCCUUUUAAAGUUCCUCAUUUAAGAAGGGCUACUCAGGAACUGAUAAAUAAGGACUUAAGGAAAUGAUUGCAUUUGAAUUGCUCUACUCGACAGCUUUGUUUCGGCCUGUCAGAUUCUGUCACUUUGCUUUGAGAUGACUGUGAGACAGCCAUCAGGCUAUUGACACAUACUCAAAACUUCCUAACUGUGAGGUACUUCAGGACAGACUCCGGAGACAGGUGCGGGUGUCUGAGUCCACAGGUCAGCAGAAACCAGCAUGAUAUGCAGAGCGGGCAGCAUGGGGAGGGGUGGCUGCCUAAAGCGUCAGCUUACGUUUGGAAAAGAUGGUGGUGACCAUGCUGUGUGCGUGGCCACUGCAGAGCCAGGGCCCGGGUGGCAUGUGAGGGUCGCCUGGCAGCCUCUGAUCAGCAUCUGCACUGUGUGCACUCAGCCACCCUCAGCCAGCUCUGUUUGAAGUCCCUGCAUACAUCUGCGCUGUGUGCACUCAGCCACCCUCAGCCAACCCUGCCUGAAGUCCCUGCACACAUCUGAGCCGUGUGCACUCAGCCACCCUCAGCCAGCUCUGCAUGGAGUCCCUGCACACAUCUGAGCCGCGUGCACUCAGCCACCCUCAGCCAGCUUUGGUUGAAGUCCCUGCACACAUCUGCGCUGCGUGCACUCAGCCACCCUCAGCCAGCUUUGGUUGAAGUCCCUGCACACAUCUGCGCUGUGUGCACUCAGCCACCCUCAGGCAGCUCUGCAUGAAGUCCCUGCAGGCAUCUGAGCUGCAGGGUUUCUGGUGCUCAGCAGCAGAGCAGAGAAACACUUCAUUUAACACCAUCUUUGGAGAGCACGAUGUUCCAGAGAAGUGAUUUCUCCAAUGAUCCCUCAAGAACCAACACUUUGUAAAAAAAAGACUAUUUCGUGUGUGUGUGUAAGAGAGGGACACACCAGUGCUUUAGGAGUGUGCACGCACUGCCACGCUGCCUCCCUGCCCCGAUGGCCUCACAGGCCGGGUGUUACUGUUUGUCUCUGCCGUGUGUUUUGUUUCAGCUUCUCUGGAAGUCAGUUGUUGCUUUUUCCCAUUUUUGUGCUGGUUGCUAACGCUGUUUCUCACUCAAUCCCACUGAUUUACUUACUGCUCCUGAACAUUCUAAAACUGAUAUGUAGAAAUGAAAGUGACCCUGAAUGAAAGACUAAGGGCCAUUCCUAUGAAGAAAGAACAUGAGUGCGUGGGCGUUAGGAAUUUCCUCUAUAUACCAGAAGGCCGUGCUGCAAUACUAGUCAAGAGCGUGUAUUUGGAAAAUACGUCUGUAUAGGCUCCUGCAGAUGCAGUGGUUGUAAGAAACAGUCUCUGUCCUUAGUAGCCUUGACAUUCUAGGAUGAUAAGAUCAGCACACGAGACAGAGCAGAGCAAGAGAACACAGAGCUGGGUGCUGUUACUGAGUCCAGGCACCACAGGUCAGUGUUGCUGUAAUGGGUCUUCUUUCUUUGUGUCGUAGCCAAGGUGAAGCUCUUCAGCUAGCAGAAGAGUGUUCUCACUGUGCCCCCAUAGCUCAUGGACCUGAUCUUUAGAAUCUUAUUUUUGGUCGGGUGAGGUGUCAGGUUAUACUGAACUAAAUGUUUUCUUUGAAUAGUCUGUGGAAAGGUUCUUACUAAUUCAGUUAGUCAAAUGUUAGGGAGGCUUUAGCGUAGUCUGAAGUCACUUUAGAAGCCCUUCUCUGUGGGACGUGGUAAACACGGAUAUUGCAGAGGCUUCUUGUGGCUUUGCUGUGGUGCCUGUUGGCAGCACUUCCAGGCCUUAGGGUGCUGUUGUGCGCCUAACACUGCUGACCUUAUAAUAUUAUAAGUGGCCAGUCACUUGCCCCCUUCGCUGGGAGGAGGGAGGCGUCACUGGAGUGACUUUACCUCCUCCUCUGCUGCACACUGUCUCACGAGGAGCGGGGCCUGCACACAGCCAGUGCUUAAUAAAUAUUUGUUGCAUGAACAGUUCUGUAGUGCAGCCCUUAUCAGUGACUUAGUUGGGAAAUCUCUCGUUAUUUCUGCCGAGAGGGGUUGGAGAGUAGCAUGGCCCCAUGAGACUACUGAGGUAGAACUAUGCGUUAGGAGAACUGACUUCUCCAGGGAACAGUUGAAUUUGAAAUUCUGAAAAAGAAUCACAUGUGAUACAUACUUGAUUUUUGCUUUGAUUGAUUUUUAUCUUAAGGGUCCACUUUUUUGGGAGGUAGCUGUCAAGGAGUAUUUAGAAAUGUGUCUUAUUUGAAUGUGACUUUUCCGUUUCUUGGUGAGUCCUCUGAGUUCGUCAAAUGAAUGCUUGUGUGAGUUGUUGAAUUCCAAAAGGCGUGGGUGACGAGAAAGGCCAGGAUGGAGCUUCGGAGACCCCGAGUGUGCAUUUGGGCUGCCUGGCUGUGAAGGGAAGACCUGAUUAAUGUGUUAGGAGUUGGAUUUCAUGCAGAUAGCUUGGAAAUUGCAGGAAGGGCCCUGAUGACUCUGAACACAACGCAGCUACCCCACGUCUUCCCUUGCACUGUGAGGCGCCCUCUCCGAGGGGCACCCAGGGGUCCUGGCUGGCUUGUUGGGGUGUCCUUUGGUUACUUAGGGCACUGUUUUAAAGUCAGGACUGUUGGUGACACAGGUGUUGUACUUUUGUAUGAGCGCUGUAAUAGAACAGUUGACCCGCCAAAGUAAUAAAGUAAUAAAGCCACAGUGGUGCCUGUUUCACAGCUGUUCAUUUUCAAAGAUCUGUUCUCGGUACCUUGACUGAGAAGGCUGGGUUCCAAGGAAGGGGCUGCCGUCCACAGGCCUCCCCAUUGCGCACCCUUGCUGUCUGUGGACACACAGGCGUGCUCCUCAGAUGUAAACACAUUACCUUGAGGAAUAGGAAAGGAAACAAUCGUUAGUGUUUGAUGUCGUGCUGGAAAAGCACUCCCAUCCGCGCUCUGUGGCUCGGUGUUUUCCACAUCGUGUCUUCUUAUCCUUAGCAGUGAAAUUUCGGCAGAUUGUUAUGCAGAAGCGGUUCUGUGUCUCUGUGUGACUGGGAGACAGCUGUUCGUCCUAAUGAGGAUGCCAGCUUUGCGGCGUUUCCGCUGAUGGAGACCCGCGGAGGGAGCGGAAUGUUCCAGACCAGGCAGUGGUGUGCGGCGAGGAGGUGCUGCACUGUCAGCUGGAGGAGCACGCUCGGCUGCCCCACAUGACAAGAUAAAUGAGUUUGCCGGAGUUUGGCAGCGUUGGAACCAUUUCCAGUGCACGGCCGUGCGCACCAGCCUCCCCGUGGGACCUGUGGGCUGAGGGUGCCUUGGAAACUGCUGCCUCUUUUGAAGUUCUUUUUUCUUUUGAUGUCCAACAAUACUUGUCAGGAUUGUGAUUUAUUAAAAACCUAAUGUCUUUCAGCAUUUCA